AUGUCCCACACUUCUCCCGCGACGUACCUUGUUUGGGCUAUAGUAUCCACUAUUCUUUUAUCAUUCCUUAUCUUCCAUCUCUGGUCCUUCGACCGAUUCCAGUGUCUACGAUGGAAUACAGGGUCGUCGGGAGCGUUCAAGCGGCUCAUGACGUACUCGUAUCUAACAAGCACACCGUUAAUAUUGGCGUAUUCUCUCGGUUUCACUAUCAUCAAGUACCAGCAAGGAUUCAUCGAUGUCAAAGGCCAUAUCAUCCCAAAACCUGUUCAGUUAUGGCCGGAGGCGGAGCAACGCGCAGUAUUCCCUUUCUUACUCGCGUUUUCCAUAGCAUGGAGCUUAGAAAUGAUAACCCACCUCGAAGAGCUUUGUUUCUGGCUGUUCUUAGUCAACUCGGGCUCCGUACAACAAGACUGGUUCAGGAGUUGGUACUUCCGAACAUGGGUCAUCGGCUCGGCUAUCGCGAUCACCUAUAUGCCGCUGUUGACCAUCCUCACGCGUUCGGAUGUGUUGAAGUGUGAAGCCUACACCUUUUUGGCCGGUAGUCUCGGUAGCCUGUCGCUCACCCUUUGGUUCACUCCCAUACUAUGGGCGUUCCCUGCAUUCCUCAAUAGUCUGAAGAACGAGGGUGUAGACACUGAUACUGUCGUCCGUUUGACGAAAUUUCAUGAACUCAACAUGAUUCGAGUCUGCUUCCGUUUCAUCAUGUGUAUCCCAUUGGUCAUUCUGGGUGUGGAUGGCGUUCGCCCACAUAACCAUAUCAACGAAAGCAUGCUAUGGACUGACAUAUUGAUCAUGGCGUCUGCCUUUGGUUGCGGUAUCUCUUCGUCCUUGACGCUUGUUAUUUUCUUCCCGCGCUCUGUGAAAAGCGAGAUCGCCAACAAAGACGCCGCUCGCGACCGCAAACGGAUUCGCCAUGGUGGAGCCCCAAGCCAAUCGACAUUCUUGGACCAGGACUACGGCCGAUACUCCAGCAACUCCUACAUGUCCUCGCAGCAGGCCUCGCCAGAGAUCACGAAACCCAGCGUUAGCCUAACCUUCCCUCCGUCCGACCCGUACCGGGUCGCAACGCCCCCAUAUGCCGGCGGGAAAGAGCUCGAGGACGCACAGUCAUUGGAACUCCCACGCCUGCCCGCCAUGCGCCCCAAUCGACGCAGGGGCGGAGACAUCGAGAUGGGUGGAAUCGACCGGCUGACCGAAAACAAUCUCUCGCAGCACAACCUCCGUCAGAUUCCCUCUGGCAAAGUGCAUCCGAUGGUCCACAACUUCACCUCUCCCAUUGACUUCUGA